GAGAUGCAGUUGAGUCUAUGAGGCAGGGGUUGUUGUUUUUUUUGGUAGAAGGACAUGAAGGUCACGUCUCGUCUUUCUUCUUGACAAAAUUGAACAAUAAUCUGUUGUCAAAUAUGCUUUGAGAGACACCAGGAAGUGGAUAGAGAGAGAGAGAGAGAAAUUGAAAACUCGUCCUGCUCUGCUCUGCUUCCACUUCCCCCCAAGCCACACCCAUAUUCCCUCAUCCACAUUUUCAUUGGUCCGACUGUCGGCAGUCGCCUGCUCUCCGUCCCCUGCGUCCUCUCUCCUCCCUCCUCUCCCUCUCUCACAACAGUGAAUGAGUUCACUCAGACACAAGCUGUUAAACAGUGCAGCCUCUCUCUCUCGCUCUCUCUCUCUCUCCGUCCUUCCUUCCUCGUCUCCGGAGCAGACAGUCAGCCCGAGCAUCGGCACGGCAACAGAGGAGAGAGGAGGACGGUGAGCGUCGUUGACGGCAACUCUCUACGUUCAGAGCGUUGACACCAACCGCAGCAGCAGCAGAGUGUUUUUCUGUGAUGCAGUUCAAAGCAAAGCAGAAGCAACAGAUUGCCCUCAGUUGCAAUUGUUGCUGCAACUGAUGCUCCCCUGGGGGCUGAUCUGGGCUUGCGGGGGAAACGGAGACAAUUUUGCGACAUCUCCCGUGGCUGUGGUCGUCUCCUGGGUCACCGAGCAAAUGACAACGCCGCGUGACAGAAACGAGAAGCUUUGAUUCCGUCCGACAGCGACACACGUUCUGUCAGCAUCACCUCCUCCUCCCUUCCUCCCUCACAUCCCCCCUUCCUCCCUCACAUCCUUACCUCCUUACGACCGGGCGUCGGAGCUGUGGAUGCGCGGAGGCUGGAGGACGUCGGAUCGACAUGCUGUGAAACAAUAAAGAGCAAGAUGAUGUUUUGAUCGGACGCAGGUAAGAAAGUCCAUCACGCCGUCAGCUGGACUUCUGAGGAUGAAGAGGAGGACGCACACGAGCAUCUGCUGGAGAACGGGAGCAAAACAAGAAUCCGGAAACUAAAGAAAGAGAGAUAUAACUGCUACAUAAGGACAUAUUCAGAUACAUAUCUACACACAUACAGAAACAUAUCGGACUCCCUGUGGAUGUUGCAUCUCAUCUGACACUCAAAAGGUCAAAACAUCACAAUCCUCCUUCGGCGUCAACUUCCGAUUUCGGUCGGCGUGAGAGCAUCUCCGUGGUUCCCGUGGGGACUCUCUUCCUUUUCCGUGGGUGAGGUGGAUCUGCCCGUGGGGGGGCAGCUGACAGCCGUCCAAGACGCCGCGAGCCGUACUCCGCGUGAAGAAUGCCCAGCCGCGCCUGGCCAAGCCGGCCGACCCGGGCCCGACGGCGGGCCUCUACAUGGAGCGGUCGCAGAGUCGCAUCAGCCUGUCGGCGUCGUUCGAGGCGCUCGCCAUCUACUUCCCCUGCAUGAACUCCUUCGACGAGGACGACGGGGUGGACACUGAGGGCAGGAAGUUGAAGGGACAAAUCCAGAGGAGCACGGAGACCGGUCUGGCGGUGGAGAUGCCCAGUCGCACCGUCCGGCAGGCGAGUCACGAGUCCAUCGAGGACAGCAUGAACAGCUACGGCUCCGAGGGCAAUUUGAACUACAGCGGCAUGUGUCUGGCGUCCGACGCCCAGUUCAGCGACUUCCUGGUCGGGAUGGGACCCGCCCAGUUCGUUGGGCGGCAGACGCUGGCGACGACCUCCAUGGGUGACGUGGAGAUCGGCCUGAUGGAGAGGAACGGCGGUCUGGAGGUGGAGGUGGUCCAGGCCAGAGGACUCACCAUGAAACCGGGUUCAAAGGGACCUCCAGCCGCCUACAUCAAGGUCUACCUGCUGGAGAACGGCAGCUGCGUGGCCAAGAAGAAGACCAAGUCGGUGAGGAAGAGUCUGGAUCCUCUCUACAACCAGGUGCUGGUCUUCUCCGAGAGCCCGCAGGCGAAGGUGGUGCAGGUGAUCGUUUGGGGCAACUACGGAAGGAUGGACCGCAAAUGCUUCAUGGGCGUCGCCCGGAUCCUCCUGGAGGAGCUGGACCUCAGCUCGAUGGUGAUUGGCUGGUACAAGCUCUUCCCUACCUCCUCCAUGGUGGAUCCCACCAUGACGCCGCUCAUCCGCCACUCGUCCCAGAUGUCGCUGGAGAGCACCAUCGGCCCGUGUUGCGAGCGGUCCUAAGACUCACGGAACUAUUGUCGAUUCCGAACUAAGACACAUUUUCAAAACACCCUUGUCGACGUGUGUCCAGGUCGACCGGGUGCUGUCGCCCCCCCCCCCCCCCCCCCCCCCCCCCCCCCGGCGAAGGCAGCAGCUCAGUAUCUCACACGAGGGCACGUCGACGAGUCCAACCACACCGGGUGGAGCGAAUCACGCCCCGUCAUUGGGAAAUUAUUUAACAAAUCAGUAGGUAAUUCUGGCGCUCACUGGGAACGUACUGUACUUCUUUUGAUAUUGUACCAGACUGUUUCCCCGGGACUCCUCACGGGAACACACAUUUCUUUUGUUGUUGCGACGGAAUCGGCCCUUGAACACUUUGCUCUCUUCAGAUGUCUUUGUGGGGAAAUAAAGAAAGAAUCAGCUUAAUGAGAGAACUUCAAAGCUCCGCGGUCGACGUCGAUCGCAUCCUACUGGGACCACGACUCACUGCGGCUUCUUCGCAGCCUACACCUUUGGUUCUCCUUCCCGGGACCGAUCGUCGUGUCUCCGUGUCCUCGUUAUCGGGCCUGGACGGCUCCCGAGGAGUUUCUCUGCCCUCAGAUGGUUAGAGACAGCGGGAGCGUGGUGACGGCGGGUUGUGGUUGAAUGCCUCCGUGCGCAGCAGCGCUGACGAGAAAACGAAUCAGGCCUAUUUGUUGUAACCAACCAAGACAUCUUUGUUUCGAGCUGUUUUGGUUUUUCUCUGUCACACAUUUGGCCCCUGGACCUUCUGCUGGUUCUCUCUGCUCCCAGUUUGUUCGCUCUGUUGUAACGUUGGUUCCUGGGCGGAUGUGUAAGGUUUUGAGUUCCCAAAGACCAUGUGCCAUGAAUGAUCGAAGGGCCAGAACAUUGCAACAAAUAAGGACAUUGGCUGAUUUGAUUUGAUUUUUUUUGUGGAAGUCAUUUAAUAGUCAAAUCAGCCAAUGUCGGAAAAGUCUGAUCCAAGGGGCCGAUUUAACCUGGUUGUUUUAAUGAAUCUGUUUAGAAUGUGAACACCUGAACCACUUCAGCAGGUGAUUGUGACCAAACCAGAUGUGACGCACGUUAAAGCAUUGGUCUCGCCAAACAAUGUGUGUUGACCGGAAUCCUACACUGCGACGUUUUCACCGAAACGCGGCAAAUUCCAACAUCUGGUGUCGCACCUGGAUUCUCUCUGGAUGUUAUGAAUUUAAUAUAGAAUUUGAUUGUAACUUGUAUUAAGAAGGGGCUGAAUUCAGAUGCGUGUGAGCAGCACCUCCAAAUGCAACGCGGCUCAACAUUAGCGGUAGCUAAACCUGGCAUGAACUAGCAGGGGGCUAAAUGGGGUCUGAGAUUUGACGGGGUUUUUUUCUUCAUUUGGUUCAAUUCUUCUCUGUGUUGUUCAAAAUGUCCAAAUUCCACUUGGUUGUGCAGGUUACAACAAGUGCAGGGUGACGAUGGUGAUGAUGUUGUUGUACAUCUACAGUUGUUGCCGGAGGCAUCGAGGACACGAGCCCGCGACUGAGAACUUGAGCUGUACAUCCCAGCUUUAAAUCAAUAGUUUCGGAAUUUCUCUUUCGCUAAAAAGUAGAUUUUUAAGAUUCCUCCUCUUUUCUUUUUCUUUCUUAAACAAAGAAACAAAAAAGCUUUGGCUAACAGUUCCUGAAGAACAAUUUCUACUGUGCCAAUUUUCUACCAGCAAGUGUCUUCUCCUUCCUCCGUCUUCUCCAGUUUACCUUGUGGCAUAAAUCGGGUGCCAGUGACGAGGGAGGAAAACAGAAACGACCGCUCUCCGCCAUGUGAAUCUUUUAUCCUAAAUUACAGCCCUAAUGCACAGAGCGGAGGGGCGAACCUGGUGAUUAGCCUCCGUGUGGAGGAAAGAGAGGGAGGAGAGAGGAAGCAUGAAAUGUUCUUUGCAUCCUCCAAACAAAAGGAUCCGUCGGAGCUCGUCAGGCUUCACAGUCAUCGCCCCCCAAAAAAAGGACAAAAAUAGGACGAAUUUAAAAGGAACACACUCGUUUGUUGAAGAACAGGAUGUGUCUUUUUAUUUGGGGCACUUUAUGAUUCCUUUUGUAUCAGUAAACACGAUUGUUGUCAUGGUGCGUUCACACGGGAGGCAUAUGGUCAUCUCCCUUCCACGUCCUCCGACAAACCUCGACUGAAGUCACCGACGCGUUCGCCUCGAUCCAUUCGCGUCUAGUUGCGUCUUUGCGUCGACUUCGUGUGUGAUCUCCUCGCGCGAAUAGUUCCCGUCGGGUCCGGUGUCAACGCACCUUUGGCGUCUUUCAGCCAAAGUUCAUCUUAUAAUGACUGAUUGUGUUCAAAACUCUGGAGGAGGGCAGCGAGAGAGCGUUGCUAGGUAACUGUAAGAUUGUAGCAUUAGCUGUUAGCAUCUGCAUGACCGAUUAAUAACGUCUCAUUAAUAAUUAGCAGACAACUAGAUAAGGCUAAGCAUGAGCUACACGCUACACCGAGAGAGAGGACAAGUGAAAUAUACAGUACGUUGGGCCGCGACCCAAAUAUUAGUAUGUAGCAGUUGAAUUCAGAAGAGCGACAGAAUUUCAUCUUUGCUUUUUUCUUUCACAGACAAUAAAAUGAGAGCUGUAACAAGAAAACAAACAAAAAAUGAUACACCUCAUAUUUAGCUAAUUAAUUAAUUUUUAUUUUUAACUUCAAGGCAAUAUUCAGAUUGAGAUUUCAGAACAAGAUUUCUCUUCCACUCAUGGAAAAUGAUAUUGACAUCAAACCAUACUGUACAAUGUGCAGUCAUUUUUACUCCAGAACAGAAGUGGCCUCUGUUUUGCCAGUAGCAGCGUUGCAGGGAUAUUAAAUCUGUUAGAUAUAUUAGAUCUAUUUCCUUAACAAAUUAGCUACAUUCUGUAAAGCAAUAAUCAAACAAACAUCCAGUCAUUGCAGUUUGUUUUUUUUGCAUAUAACAGGACAUUUUGAAGCUUUAAUUUCUUUGACACGUAGCGUCAUGUCGUCAGCAGCUGAUUUAUUGUAAUUCUGAUUUGAAAAAAUCUUGAAAAUCAGAAGACGUGAACUGAAAAUAUUUUUUUUUUUAAGGUUUGUCAUUUUACUGCAGCUCAUUCAUGUCGUCAUCCAUAACUUGUUCCAGGCAAAGUGUCAAAAUGUAACGUCCCAUGGUCACAUGAGAACUUUUGAUUUGAAAAAUGCGGGAUCGUUUUUCACGACUCAUUUCACAUCGAGUAGCAUGGAUUUUACUCUACAGUAGUUAGGACAGAAGGGAUUUUUAUAAUAAACGGAAUGACUAACAAGGUUGAUAUUAGAGGCAGUUGUAUAAAAUCGAAUAUAUAUACAUGUGUAAUGAUAUUUUAAAAAGUCAAGUAAUGUCUUUCAAUGUGACCCAAGGAAUGUGUUUUUUCGUCCGUGUUUUCUUUUGUGCCAAAUGUUUGAGGGCUGAUUUCUCACCAGAGGACCAAUGAAAGAGGAACGUUUACAACAAUGUGGCAUUAAAAUCUUCUGUCAGAUCAAUGCCCGUGUGGCUACAACAACAAUAACUUUGCAUGACAAUGAGCUAUAUUCAAUGCCGAUAGAUCAACAUGAGGGGGUUAUUAAGUCGCCGUGGUAACCAUCAAAGAAGUUUUCCCAUGUAUCUCCGUCUGACCUGCAGCAGCCGCCUGUACGACACAAGUCAACAGACGCGUUAUGAGUCGCGUGCAGUAAAUGAUGGGGCGUCUGUGAUGGAUAUGGUUGACGACUCUGGCGUCAGUGUGACAGAAAAUAAAUGCCAACGUUGCAGGAUUAAGAGUUA